UUGUUUUGAACGGAAGCCAUCGCCAUGCUUAUUUCAAACAAGACGGAACCAGCAAUCAGGUCUGCUAUACAUUGCAUUUCCCCAAAGCAUGAUGGCAGACAAGGAUGACGAUGAGUCUGUUAAUAUAAAGAAGAGUAAAACCCUUAUAAUUCGUCACUUACCCGAUGACCUGACUCGAGAAGAGAAGGUGGAUAUCCUGAAAUACUUUGGAGCUGUGUCCGUCAGAGUCUUAUCAGAUAAAGGACUACUGAAACACACAGCUUUUGCAACCUUCGGAAGUGAGCGGUCAGCAGCCAAGGCUCUUAGAAGGCUUCACCAGUUGCAGGUGCUCAACCACACUCUGGUAGCAGAGUUCGCUGAAGACCACCAGCACGUGACGGUGCUGAAAGACCCACCAGUCUCUAACAGUGUCAAAGAAGGCAAAGAUGACAAGAAGAAACAAGAGAAAAAGCCAAGUAUCCCAGUAAUAGAGACAGGCAUCUCGCCCAGCCUUGGGUUGAAAUUUCAAGCAAAUCCCAGUCUCAAAUAUUUAUAUCCUCCGCCAUCAAAUGGAACUUUGGCAAACAUAACACAUGCUCUUCUGAGUGUGCCGAAGUUUUACUUUCAGGUUCUUCAUCUAAUGAACAAGAUGAACCUGCCAUGUCCCUUUGGCCCGGUCACACCCAGACCCCCCGUGGUCGAGUUUCCUGUCGCUCCCUCCAUCCCCAUGCCUCCCCCUUUCCCCCCCCUCUACCCCCCCUUACCGGAGGGCGACGUGGACCAGUCCAGUGGGGAGGGCUCGGAGUACGAGAGCGACGAUGAGGAUAAGGAGAGAAUUAUCCGUCUGAUGGGGCUGGUUAACCAGGCAUGCAAGAGGCCCCUGAGAGCCAAAGUGUCUUCCAAGAGAAAGAAACCCAAACUGAAGGACCUUCUCUUCGUACCAAAGCCAGACUCUCAGAGCUCCUCUGGCCCGGCCCUGCAGCCCUCCGACGUGUUUGAGCAGCCGCUGCCAUGCGGCCCCAAGAAGAUCGAGUUCCACAUCGCCACAGACACGGCCGCCAUGUUGGAAGGCGGAGCCCAUACCCAAGAGGCGGAGUCUGAAGAUGAGAACGAAGCAGAGCCUAGGGAGAGGGAGGCCCCAGGAGCAGGGCAGGAGGACCCGGGGGAGGGCUUCGGGAAGAUCUACCCCACCACCCAGGCCUCUCCCCGGGGGCAGGAGGACAGCGAGGAAGACGAGGACCUGCCCUCUGACGUCAUCUCCAGGAAGGAUCUGGAGAGGGGACGUCUGUCGAGAGACGAGAUAAAAAGGAUGUCUGUGUUUAAAAAUUAUGAACCGGGAGAGCCGACCUGCAGACUAUACGUGAAGAACAUAGGAAAGCAAGUUGAGGAGAAAGACCUGAAGUACAUCUAUGGAAGAUACAUUGACCUCUCCUCGGAAGCAGAGAGAAACAUGUUUGACAUUGUGUUGAUGAAGGAGGGCCGCAUGAAAGGGCAAGCCUUCGUGGGGCUCCCCAGCGAGCGGAGCGCCGAGAGAGCCCUGAGGGACACCAACGGGUACGUCCUGUACGACAAGCCCCUCGUCGUGCAGUUUGCCAGGUCUGCCAGACCCAAACCAGACGCCCCCGACCCCAAGAAGGGACCGAAGCGACGCUGAACAGAUAUUGAUGUCAAGUUGCGCCCUGAUAUUGUGGCCCAGCAGAACCGUUUGUAUCCUUAUUGCGAAAUAUCCUUUUAAAAGAACUGUGAUUUCCAUGAACCCAGCCUCACACUGAAAACAUUUAACAUCUCAUUUGAGUUAGAAUGCCAGUUAGCAGAUUGCAUAUCGGUCUCAACAGUUCUGAGCUCUGUCACAUACGGGAUCUCACACCGUUUAGUAAAUGUGCUCAGUCUUGCAUAUAUUACACAGGAUGCAGGUUUUAUGUCUUUCUUUAAUAUCCUGCUCCCCUGACAUCUAAGUGUUGCUGUGAAAGAAGGGUAUUUUAGUGAAAUAUCUGUGAAGCGAACAGCUCUACAUGAUCUUCUCAUCUGAUUCGUAACCGCAGGUGACGAUCGCUGACACUAAACUGAAGACUGUAUGGAGUGUUUUUUUCUUUCUUUUUUUUAAAAU